CCUAUCGGUCUAGUUUUCUUCUCCAUAUUUCAACUGAGCAUACAGAGAUCAAAUACAGGCACUUUCCAUUAUUAUUUGGUGGAUCUUCCAUUGGUUGCACUGAGGCUACUACUGCUCGAAGAUGGCUAAUAACCAUCAGUAUCCUGGCAUUCAGCCAUUCCAGCAUCCUAAUGCUAGCUCCAUAGAUUUACCCCGAGGCUUUGCUCCACCCAUGAACUUUCAGUUUCAUCCUACCAUUCAAGCUCUCAGUCCUGAGCCAGUUGCUCGAUUGUCUUCUCAGAACUUUCAAUGUGUUGGCAGAGGUGGCACAGUAUUGAACAUUGGAUAUCCACCUCAAUCUUAUGCACCUCACCUUAUGUACAGACUCCAGAUAUUAGUAUGCCUGGCUUUGGUGGCCCUAGGCACUCUUUUCUUUUCCGGUUCAAGGGCACCACCUCAAGUCACUGGACCAAGCAGUCAUAGUCAGGCACAACAUAGAGCAUCUAUCAGCCAGACUACUGCACAAUCUUCUAUCCUGAAUCCGACAUUUGAACAACCAAAGAGAGCAGAUGCAAGAACUGACUGGAAAGAACAUUCAAGUCCUGAUGGAAGAAAGUAUUACUACAAUAAGAUUACGAAGCAAUCAACAUGGACAAUGCCUGACGAAAUGAAGAUUGCGCGUGAACAAGCAGAAAAUGCAUCUCUUCAAGGGCCUCAUGCAGAAGGCAUUAUUGAUGUUUCUAAGGUGCUGACUCGUUCUGAUACUGCAUCAACUGCAGCUCCGACUAGUCUACCAAGCCAAACUUCAACCUCUGAGGGCAGUGAGAAACUAGCUCUUACUUCUGAUUGGAAGCAGCCAGCUUCAGUUCCUGGAAGUUCUUCUCCAGUCGAAAAUGUUGAUCGAGUUCAGAUGAUUGCAGAUGAAACAUCACAAUUGUGUGAUACUUCGGAAACCGAUGGUCCUUCUGUCCCUGUGACUAAAACUUCUGCUGCUACAUUGGUUGAGAAGGAUGAAAUUUCGGUCGGGAACAAUGGAGAUUCAGAUGACAUGUCAGCUACAAACGCAAAUUGGGACUGGGCCAGAAGAAAGCCAAAACCUAUGGUGGAAAGUGAAAGAGUUGAGAGCCAAACGGAAGAAAAACAAAUUAAUCAAGAGAAUUUUUCCUUUAACAAUAAAUCGGAAGCUGGGGAUGUCUUCAAAUCACUUUUGAAAUCUGCCAAUGUUGGAUCUGACUGGACAUGGGAACAGGCCAUGAGAGAAAUUAUUAAUGACAGACGAUACGGUGCUCUGAGAACACUUGGAGAGCGGAAGCAAGCCUUCAAUGAGUUCUUACUUCAAACGAAAAGAGCAGCUGAGGAGGAAAGGCUAGCCAGACAGAGAAAACGGUAUGAAGAUUUUAAAAGGAUGUUAGAGGAAUGCGUGGAACUUACUCCUCCUACUCGGUGGAGUAAGGCUGUGACAAUGUUUGAAGAAGAUGAGCGUUUCAAAGCUCUUGAACGAGAAAAAGACCGUCGUAAUAUUUUUGAAGAUCAUGUCAGUGAGCUAAAAGAGAAGGAGCGUGUGAAAGCUCUUGAGGAUCGCAAGCGGAACAUAAUUGAAUACCGAAGAUUUUUGGAAUCUUGCAAUAUCAUCAAGCCUAAUAGUCAAUGGCGCAAAGUUCAGGACCGCUUAGAAGUGGAUGAAAGAUGUUCACGUCUUGAGAAAAUUGAUCAGCUAGAAAUCUUUCAGGAGUAUCUGCGUGAUCUGGAGAGAGAAGAAGAGGAGAAAAAGAAGAUACAGAAGGUCAAAGAUUUACCAGUAUAUUCAGCAAUUGCGUCGAACUCCUCUGGAGCUACUCCAAAAGACUUAUUUGAAGAUGCUGUUGAGGAUUUGAAAAAAAGGGUACUAGAUUAUUCUCAAUAGUUUACUUUCAAAAAUAUCAUGAAAGUGACUGUAAUCUGUUACAUGAUGAGAAAAACUGCUUUGCGGCUCUAGACUGAUUCCUUUUGAAAGACAGUAAUUUUCUUACUAAGUAGUUCUGGUAGCAUUAUUUUUCUAGGUUUAUGAAUACCACCAUAUACUCGUACUUUCUUUAAGAUUUACCACAGCUUCUGCAUACUGUAGGGUUUAAUGAAUUGAAGUUUAUUUA